CUUAGAAUAUCUUUGUCUUCUUUGAAGUGUGAUUCGAGGCCUUGCGUCCAUGGCCCCUCUCGUGACACGACCAUGGAUAUUCCAAUCAUGCACAUGGCUCUUCUCUUGAAGUGGCAUGACUUUCUCAUACUUGGUUUUUCAAUCAUGCCUAAGCCUCUUGUCUCCCAUCCAUUCCCCUUCUCCUGACUACGCAUGGACGUCUCAUCUUGUCUCGCGUCCAUGCCUCUUCUCGUGAAGCGAGAUGGCACGUGCUUCUCCUUGAAGCGGCAUGUACCUCUUCCAGAAUUAGUUUAUUUUUCAGUCAUUCAGUCUUGAUCUUGGGGCGGUAUGUGCUCCUCGAUUUCUAGAUGGACAUGGCCCUCUUCAUGAGGCGGCACAUGCUUCUAGAUUUUAGAUGGACAUGACCCUCUUCGCUGAGGCGGCAUGUCACUCUCCAGACUUAGUGGCUUGUGCUUAAAAUCAAUAUCCAUAAGGCCCAACUUAAACAAUAUUAAUUGUUAUAAUGAGUGUGGACUUAUGAACUCAUUGAUUAUCUUGUAACUCACCAACGUGGUACAAGACAAAUUUUAUGGUGUAAAUAAUAGGGUUGCAAGUUUGAUAUAUGUGAUAUAAAUCGUGAAAGAAGAAGAAACCCAACUUUUCAACCUAGAAAACUAUCUUUUUCUUUAUUUCUUCCUCUUUUUCUUCGGCGAUUGACUUAAUUCAUCUUCGUCUUAUUAUCACUUUCUCAAUAUUUACUUCUCUUAAUCGAUUAUCCACCAACCACAUGUAUGCUCAAUAAAAAAAAGUUCAUUUGCAUUUCUCAGCCAUUAAUGAUGUAGUAAGUGCCUAGUUUGAUAUUUGAACUAUACUUAAUUAAGUGCUUUCAUUCUUGAUGACAUGUAAGUAGCAUUGAUGUGAGAUUAAUUUUGAGCCAUAAUGUCAAACUUACAUUUCAAUGAUAUGGUAUUAUGUGGUAUACUAGGAAUUUUGAUGUUAUAUUGUUCACAUAUAGUGCCAUUUUUAGCCUUCAUAUCAUGAGCGAGGCACUCCCGUGCAACAACAAGGAUGAUGCAUGGCGAUCAAUUGUCGAGUCUUACAACUAUUUCCUUCUAAAUCGCGGAUAAUGGUGAUAUAGGGUUUUGAGUGGUAGGUUUUGAUAACGCAAAAAAAGAGAAUAAAACUGAGUGGAUACCUUGGUCAUUCAAUUUCAAUUCCAUGAGGUGACAUGAUUCGUAAAGUCUACCCAAUUAUGGAUAGAAUCGCCUAUUUUUGGAAUGGAAAUACUUGGUUGCAACCUAGGUAGCAGCCAUGAGGUGACAUGAUUCGUAAAGUCUACCCAAUUAUGGAUAGAAUUGCCUAUUUUUGGAAGGGAAAUACUUGGCUGCAACCUAGGUAGCAGCAGCCCGCUCCUGCUACCCCUCCGCCCGUUAUAUCCUCAUUGGCCCUUUUUUUUCAUCGUCCAAAAGCUUUAGAAAAUAGAACAUCAUCACAACGCCCAUCCAAUGUAGAAACAAAAAGUGUGUUAGAUAGUAGCAUAACAUUCAUAAUUAAUUUUUUUUCACAACAAUUCGAGUUAUUGAGACCAAUUGGUUUAUAACACGAUAUCAAAGUUAGUUUGGUCAAGUGGUCGUGAAUUCAAAUUUUUACGACCCCGACAUUAACCAUUGAUUAAACAUAAUAUAUGGUGAGUCUAUGUAAACUUCAACCUCGCGAGUUGACUUUCCUUUGUAGCAUCUUGUUAGAUAAUGAUAUAAAAUCCAUAAUUAACGUUCUCUCAGCUUUCGUUUCAUGGGACAUUUUAGAAACUGAUAUGAGAUCUAUAAUUAAUUUGUAUAAAAAUUUAAAUUAUUCAGAUUAAAAAAACAAAUUAUUUAUAAUUAAGUAAACGAAUCAUAAUCGAUCAAUUCAUCACCUGGUAGCGCUACUAGCAUUACCCUUUAAAUGGAAAAUGAAAUGGGUGGUUCUAACUUCUAAGGCUUUUGGACAGUGAAAAAUAAAAAGGGAAUGAUCCAAUGAGGAGAGAACAUGUGGAUGGGUAGCAGGAGCGGGCUGCAGAGCAUGGUUUGCAGCCAAGAGUUAACUGGGAAAUUUCUUUUUAAAGGGACUAUUAUAGGUAAAACCAUAAAAUUCAAAGGCCAAAAAGCACAACUAAAAUUGUUCAGGGGAUUAAACUGGAUCCGGCGAAUGAAAUGAAAAUUAGGGCUGAAGAAGAUCAGUACAUUCAGUCAAUAAAACCUCAAAGCCAAUUCCUUUGGCCGCCGGCUCCCUAUCUUGUCGCCGGAGUUGCUGUCGAGCUCACCGCUCGCUGGCUUCUCUCUUCCUCCUCUCUAUCUGGUUUCUUGCCAAUCUGGCAGCGGCGGAAGCUUUCAGUUUCCAACUCCGUUGUUUCGGAAUUCGGAUGCAUCAAUGUUCAGUCCGAUUCAGCUCCAGUGAACUGAUAAUCGAGUCUGGAGUCUCUGCACCGACUAGCUUUUUCUUUAAUGGAAAAUGUGAUGACGGGGCGCCUAUUUCUGGGUUGUUCUUCGAUUUGGCAAUCAAUUUAUAGAAUGAUAAUUUUCUGAGCGUUGGAAUAGCGUUUCCCUCGGUUUGAGGUAUAAGGAAAUCCUGAAUCCCUAGCCCAGAAAGGAAGAAUUAUGAACAACAGCGAGAAGAAGCGGAUGAACGGUGAAGCAGAAGAAGAGAAUGAAGAAGAUGUUGAAGAUGAAGGGCGUGAUGCGUGGGAGAGGACAUACACAGACGAGAGAUCAUGGGAGGCAUUGGAAGAGGACGAGUCAGGACUGCUUCAACCUAUUGAUAACAAGGCAAUCUACCAUUCGCAGUAUCGUAGACGCCUUCAAUCUCUUUCAGCCGCGUCCGCUGCAUCGAGGAUCCAAAAGGGGCUCAUUCGGUUUCUCUGCGUCGUGGUCGAUCUUUCCAAGGCAGCCGGAGAGAUGGAUUUCAAACCAAGUCGGAUGGCUGUGAUUGCAAAACAUGUUGAGGCUUUCAUUAGGGAGUUUUUCGACCAGAACCCACUAAGUCAGAUUGGUCUGAUGAUUAUAAAAGAUGGGGUAGCUCAAUCUUUGACAGAACUUGGUGGGAGUCCCGAGGCCCAUAUUAAGGCCUUGAUGGUUAAGUUAGGUUGUUCAGGGGACUCGUCACUCCAGAAUGCUCUUGAACUUGUCCAUGACACUCUCCAUAAAAUCCCAUCAUAUGGUCACCGUGAAGUUCUCAUCUUGUAUUCUGCACUCUCAACCUGUGAUCCGGGUGAUAUAAUGGAGACUAUCCAGAAAUGCAAGAAGGCUAAACUAAGGUGCUCGGUUAUUGGCCUCUCUGCCGAAAUGUUUGUGUGCAAACAUCUUUGCCAGGAAACUGGUGGGUCAUAUAUGGUUGCCUUGGAUGAGGGUCACUUCAAAGAGCUCUUACUAGAGCAUGCACCACCUCCUCCUGCCCUUGCUGAAUUCGCCAUUGCGAAUUUGAUCAAGAUGGGUUUCCCACAAAGAGCAGCAGAAGGUUCUAUAGCAAUCUGCUCCUGCCACAGAGAAGCGAAAGUAGGCGAAGGGUAUAUAUGUCCAAGAUGCAAAGCCCGUGUAUGUGAACUGCCUACAGAAUGUCGUUUCUGUGGAUUGACACUUGUUUCAUCACCCCAUCUAGCUAGAUCUUAUCAUCAUCUUUUCCCAAUCGAGCCAUUCACCGAGGUAUCUGCACGUCAAUUGGAAUUGAGCAGAGUAGCUUCAAAAACUUGCUUCGGUUGUCGUGAGAGCCUUCUCACUCCCGGUACUAACAAGGCUGGCCCUUGUGCGGCUUGUACAAAGUGCAAGCAGUAUUUCUGCCUUGAUUGCGACAUUUAUAUUCACGAGAGCUUGCACAACUGCCCUGGCUGCGAGAGCCGAAGAAUUACCCCAGCAGCUGCCUCUGUUACUAUGAGUUGAUAAACUUGUGCAUUUUUCCAUUCCAGGAGUUCCAGUUGUAGAGAGUUCUGGAUACAUUGAGAAGGUAGAGUUGGAAGGUAACUUGGUCGAAUCCAGGCACAGAAUUUGUCCUUCCAUUGAUGCUUUCCUCUAUAUGAAAAGAAAAUAACUAUUCUUUGGUAUACAAGUAAAGGGUGUUUUAGUUAGCAGUGUCUUUUAGGUUUGGACUUGAAGACCCUGUAUUGCUUUCAACCAAUGUGCACUAUCUUCUUCGAUUACUUUGCUAUAGAUUGGUGGUGGAGCCAUGGAAUGCCCACUACCUCCCAACGGUCGUCGCAGCCACAAAGAAUGGUUGGAGUGAAACCAAUAAUGACCAAUUCUGUCU